GGAGGCUGGAAAGGAGGGAGGGAGUCUCCAUAUUUAAAAGGCGAAGCUUGGAAGAACGACCCUCUCUUGGCAAGAUAUUGCUUGGAUGCCAUGGACAGACCUCCUCACUUUGAUACCACCAAUCAAAGUUGUUUGCUGGCAAGAUGAAACCUGAGAUCAAUGGACUCCGUUGGUGGGUCGAUCUCCUGCACUUCCAGAGAAUCUGAAGACUAAUGCACCAGCGAGUGGAGGAGCUGCCAUCAACUCCCCAUUAGUUUUUAGUGGUGAGGAUGGUUGAAGCCCAGAGGCACCACUCAACGCAUGGCUAGUGGUUUGACCACAAGGUGCCAGGGCUUACCAGUUAACCCUGACGUUGACUUCCAGGAUCAUCAUCCAUGAACAUGGUUUUAACUCCUUGAGAGUGAAAUGGCAUCAUGAGAUCAGUAGAUGGCCAACGACAAACCGACAUGAUCGAUCCAUGGUGGCUGCAAGAAACGCGUGAUUCAAAUAGGUGGUAGGAUUGCGCUGUCAACACGGCUCCUGGUGGAACAUGCAAACGAUUCCCUCGUGCUUCCGUUCAUUGAACGUUACAUACCCUUCUCCCUCGGCCAUUCCAAGGCCUGGCAUGGCCAUUAGUUAUUGGCCUUCGUGUUCCGGGAAAGAACAGCGUCGGUGGUCCAUCUCCACAUCGCCAUGCCCUGAACAAGAAAGAAGAAGAAGAAGAAGGAGAUCUAUGUUUCUUUGGUCCUGUCACCAUCUUUAGUACUUGUUCUGUCUUCAUCUGAGUCAAGAGAAAUCAACAGUUGGAAUUCGCUUGCUUGUCUUGCAAUUUUGAGAGAGAGAGAGAGAGAGAGACAGAGAAGGGGGAGCAGUCUACAUCAUUCAUCGGACCCACUGCGAGCUCCUCCUCCCCACCAACGUUUGUCCCCGCCGCCCACCACUUGAGGUGACGAUGGCGAUGACGCUGGUUCGACGUCUUCGACCUCUACCGCUGCAUCUAGAGCAAUAAAAGACUUACAUUUCGCAGAGAGUAAGCAUUAAGCAAGAGCUGCAGGAAGUGGCGUCACCGGUGGCGCUGCCCGGCUUCACCUGCAGGAAUUGGGUCGGCGCCGCAUGAGAGAGCUUCCCAUGUCUCCGUUACUUCCCUCCAAGCAUCCAAACUUACAUUGUUAUCUUUCAAUUUUCCUAAUAUAUAUAUAUAUAUAUAUAUAUAAUAAGAAUAAUAAAUUAAUGUAUAUAUAUAUCUUUAUUAUGUGAUCACAGUGCGUUGAUUGAAGCAAAUGCAUGGCUCAGAUUUCGCCACACCGAACAUGCCCGCACAGCAUGAUUGGUUGCCGGGACACGAGAUGAGACAAGAAUGCGAACGAUGAGAUGUUUUGACCGUUGCAAACUCGUUAUGAGGAGAGCCACACCGCUCGUAACCGUUACAUUUCAAACACACGAUUCCAACCGAGAGGAAGACGAAGAAGUUACAGAGAUAGAAGGGAAUGGGUUGCAUCUCCUCCAAACCACUCGCCGAAGACGAUCUCGACCCCGGGAUCUUCAUCUCCGACGGCGUCGGAUUGACCAGCGAGUGCCCCAACCACGUCGUCUUGCUCACCUCCACCACCUACGGCGUCCUAAACCUCGACCGUAGUGAACCUCACGGGAAGAAGUGCGACGCCGAAGAAGCAGAGGAAGUCAUCAAGAGGGAAUGCAGGAGAUCUCCUCGUGCUGAUCUCACCAUCGAUCGAUUCGAUAAGAGCGUCGCGAAGGAAGUGCCCUCGGAGGUCAUCGAUGCACGGGAACUCAUGGAGGACCUAGCUGACGAGACGCCGUUCUGGAGACCGCUAAAGAAGCCCGCGAAACUCCAUGCUUCGAAGGUCUCGGCGUCGCCCAAGAAGCAGAUAAGGAGAGCGUUAGGGAAGGAGAACGCGCCGCAGCGGCGGGAUCCUAAAAGCGGGGAUCUUGACUCGAAUCGGAUACUGAGGCCCUUCAGUUCUUCGGACAACGGGAAGCGGAUCGGAUUAGCAGCGCAGACUCCGUGCAAGAACAGUCUCACUGAUGCCGGCAAGGCAUCCGGGAGAGAUUCUAGGGGGUCUGCGUCGAGGAGGAGUCUGAGCCCUUUCUUUGAUCCAGAGCUCGUUGCGUCCCUGGAGAGGGAAUACUUGCAGGAAGGGGAGCAGAUAAAAAAGAUGGUACCUUUAUCUCCUAGAAACCGAAAAGCCCAUGAUCCCAGUUUCCUGCUUCGGUCCUACCAGGAGAAGUGCCCUCCGGGAGGACAGAACACGGUGGUUCUGUACACGACGACGCUGCGGGGGAUAAGGAAGACGUUCGAGGACUGCAAUGCCGUCAGAUCCACGCUAGAGUCCUACCAUGUCCGAAUCAUGGAGAGGGAUAUCUCCAUGGACUCGGGAUACCGAGAGGAACUGAGGUCGCUAAUGGGAUCAAAGGAAGUCAAGGUCCCUGCAGCUUUCGUCAGGGGGAGGCUCAUCGGCGGCGCCGAGGAGGUGCUGAGGUUGGAAGACGAAGGGAAACUGGAGCUGCUGCUGGAGGGGAUUCCAAGGGCAGCGUCCUCCUGCGAGGGCUGCGCUGGGUUGAGGUUCAUCAUGUGUAUGGAUUGCAGCGGCAGCUGCAAGGUGUUGGAUGAAGAGCAGAAGAAGAUGGUGAAGUGUGGAGUCUGUAACGAGAAUGGUCUAAUUCACUGCCCCAUAUGUUGCUGAGCAAACUGUCCUCCUUUCCUGCAACUCUGUAAGUGUUGGCCACUCCACUCCUCCAUACCAACACUUGCAUCCUCCAUUGAUCGUUCCAAUUUAUUUUCUUGUAUUAUUUGUGUUUAUUCGACUGGAGCUCAUCACAAUGCUAUUAGAAUGUAUCUCUCUGUUGCAUGUU